GUCACUUUUGAGGACGUGGCUGUCCAUUUCUCCCCGGAGGAGUGGGCUCUUCUGGAUCCUGAUCAGAGGGCCUUGCACACACAUAUCAUGGAGGAGACCCAUCGGAUUAUCACCUCUCUUGAUAACUGGAUGAAGAGCAAUGUGGGCACCACAUCUGGGAGGCACUUUUUGGACAGAUGGAAACUCACUGGACACCAGAAACACCACACAGAAAUGGAAGGCUCUACUAAAAACAAGGCUUUCAAAUGCAGUGUCUGUGGGAAAAAUUUUGCCCAAAGUAUGGCACUUCUGCUGCACAAGAGUCUUCACGAUGGAAAAAAAUACAAUGGACGUAAAGUCUUAAGGAAAGGGUUUCAUUACAAAUUGCAGCAUCCAAGCCAUCAAGGAGCCCACAAGCAAAUGAAAAAGCACAAGUGCAAGGAAUGCGGCAAACACUUUGCUUGCAAUUCUGUUCUAGUCAUUCACCAGAGAGUCCACACAGGAGAGAAACCAUAUCCAUGCCUGGAGUGUGGGAAAUGCUUCUCUACCAAUUCAAUCCUGGUGAAUCACCGGAGACUCCACACAGGAGAGAAACCGUAUAAAUGUCAGAACUGUGAAAAGUGUUUCUCUACCUAUUCAAACCUUGCAAGCCAUCAGAGGGUCCACACAGGAGAGAAACUAUACCAAUGCAACGAGUGUGGGAAAUGUUUGUCUGACAAGUCUUACCUUCUUGACCACCAAAGAAUCCACACGGGAGACAAGCCAUACCAGUGCGAGGAGUGUGGGAAAUGUUUUUGUACAAACUCGAGCCUUGCAAGCCACCGAAGAGUCCACACAGGAGAGAAACCGCACAAAUGCCAGGAGUGUGGGAAAUGCUUUGUUCGCAGUUCGUACCUUGCGAUCCACUGGAGAUUGCACACAGGAGAGAAACCAUACAAAUGCCAAGAAUGUAAAAAGCACUUUGUUUGCAAAUCUGAACUUGUGAGGCACCAAAAGAGGCAUAAAGGAAUGAAACCGUACACUUGCAACAUAUGCGGGAAAUGUUUUUCUCGAAAUUCCAUCCUUGUGAGCCACCAAAGAGUCCACACCGGGGAGAAACCAUACACAUGCCAGGAUUGUGGGAAAUGUUUUGCUCAGAAUGCACACCUUGCCCGCCAUCACAGAAUCCACACAGGAGAGAAACCACAUAAAUGCCAAGAGUGUGGGAAAUGUUUCGCUCGGAAGGGACACCUAGUGAUCCACCAGAGAGCCCACACAGGAGAGAAACCCUUUAAAUGCCAGGAGUGUGGAAAAUGUUUUUCGCACAGUGCCUAUCUUGUGAGCCACCAGAGAGUUCACAUGAGAGAGAAACAAUACAAGUGCCAGGAGUGCGGCAAAUGUUUUUCUAGAAAUUUAAGCCUUGCAAUUCACCAGAGAGACCACAUAGGAGAGAAACCAUAUAAAUGCCAAGAAUGUGGGAAAAGUUUUGCUCACAGCUCACACUUUGUGGUUCAUCAGAGAGUCCACACAGGAGAGAAACCAUAUACAUGCCAAGAGUGCAGGAAAUGUUUUUCUACCGGUUCCAUCCUUGUGGCCCACCAGAGAGUCCACACAGGGGAGAAACCCUACCAGUGCCAGGAAUGUGGGAAAGGUUUCUCCAAAAAUGCAAACCUUGUCAGUCACCAGAGAGUCCACACAGGAGAGAAACCAUAUAGGUGUCAUGAGUGCGGGAAACGUUUUGCUCACAGUUCAUACCUUGCCAUCCACCGGAGGCUGCACACAGGAGAGAAACCCUACCAAUGCCAGGAAUGUGAAAAACGUUUUGCUCGCAGGUCAUACCUCGUGCAGCAUGAGCAAUUCCAUGCGGGCGUGAAACCAUACAAAUGCCAAGAGUGCCGGAAAUACUUUGUUUGCAGGUCGGAACUUGAGAAACAUCAGAACAACCAUGGAGGAGAACAGCCAUACAAAUGCCAAGUGUGUGGAAAGUGUUUUUCUCGAAAUUCAACCCUUGUCAGCCACCAGAGAGUCCACACCGGAGAGAAACCAUACCGAUGCCAGGAAUGUGGGAAAUGUUUUGCUCAGAACGCACACCUUGUCAUUCACCAGAGAAUUCACACAGGAGAGAAACCGUACAAAUGUCAGGAAUGUGGGAAAUUUUUCUCUCAAAAUUCAAGCCGUGUGAGCCACCAAAGAAUCCACACAGGAGAAAAACUAGAGAAAUCCCAUUAGUGUGGACUAUAUUUUGAUAGUGUUCACUUGAAACAGCAGAUUGUUCACAGAGGUGAAACAGUUUUAAAACUUCCUGAAGUGUGUGAAAUGCUUUGUUUUCAAGCCAGAGUUUUAGACUCAUUACAGCAGUGGUUCUUAGCCUGUGGGUCGUGGACCACUAGUGGUCCAUGAGGACAAAAAUCUGGUGCGCAAGCCUCCUUCCCCUUUAUUCAUGUAUUUUAUAUUAUUUAUAUUAUUUUAUUUUAUUUCCACACCUUUCAUGCUGCCUGCCAUUUCUUUCCUGUCACUGACCAGCCCCGCCCCCUUGGAUAGACCACGUCAGCUCUAGAUGAUUAAAUAAGUUUUUUUGUGGGUGAGCAGAUGGUGACUACUGGAUGGCAUAUGUUCUGUAUCAGAACUACAGCUGAUGGGGUCUAUCCAAUGCAAUAUUCUGAAUCAGCACCCCAAAUAACCAAACCAAAUCUAACGUUGACCAAAAACCCUUUUGGUACUAAUGUUGGAGAGUGGUCCCAGGUCAAAGUGGUCCUUGGUCAUAUGGUCCCUGGUCAAAGUGAUCCCUGGUCAAAGUGGUCACUGGUCAUAAUGGUCCUUGGUCAAAAUGGUCCCUCGUCAAAGUGGUCCCUGGUCAUGUGGUCCCUGGUCAAAGUGGUCCCUGGUCAAAAUGGUCCUUGGUCAAUGUGGUCCCAGGUCAAAUGGUCCUUAGUCAAGUGGUCUCUGGUCAAAAUGGUCCCAGGUCAAGUGGUCCUUGGCCAAGUGGUCCCUGGUCAAAGUGGUGCCUGGUCAAGUAGUCCUUGGUCCAUGUGUAUAUGACUGUCAGGUCACUUCUCAGCCUGUUCCAUGACAAAUUUAUUCAAACCCUUCAAUUGUUUCUCACAGAGGUUUAUUUCCAGAACUUGUAUUACCUUGGGCACCCUAAUCUUGUCUUCUUAAAUAUGAGAGCCAGAAUUGGACAGGGUACACCAGGCGAGUCCUGGCCAAAGACAGCAUACUAUCGUUUCUCUUCAUCUGUGUCCUGGCAGAAAGUAUGCCAAGAAAGCAACGGAAUCUCCCUGGCAACAACUUCGAUAUGUCACUGUAGGAAGGAAGGUUUGAUAAUCACUGCCCGGACCAUCCUGGAAAAGAGAAUCUCUACUCUCAACUAGUUAUGGUUUCACUUCAGUUUGUAAUAUAUGUCUCUUAUGGAUGUUUAUAUGCAUGUAUCAAAUGUUGCUUUAUAGCAACAGUUGUGUAUUCCUUCCACCAAAGCCUGUUUAGAGAUGUUCCUGCCUGUUCCUCAGCAGAUCGGUUUGCAUUCUAUAGUGGAUAAAUGGCUAAGUUAUAUUAUUUCAACUAGUAAUGGUCCUUUAUGUGUUUAUUAAUUUAGUAAUCGGCAAUGAAUGCUUCCCGUAUAUGUGUUCUGUGAUCCGCCCUGAGUCCCCCUUGGGGUGAGUUAGGCAGAAUAUAAAUACUGUAAAUAAAUAAAUAAAUAAAAUAUUAUAAACAUGACUGCUGGGGUGGUGCAGAGGAUAUAAAGACACGAUUCUUGGGGAAAUCUAACACCUUACCUGCCAUAUACUGUACUGUAAUGUACUGUGUGUUUCCUUACAGGUAAUGCAAUGUCACAAAAGUCGUGCACCUAGACGUUCAAAUAUUUCUUCCUAAAGGGAAUGCAUUUGUAUCUCUGUGACUGCAUAUAAUAAAUAACCUGAAAAGCUUAA